GGAGACAGCGGUGGUCCCCUUGUUUGCGAGAUUGGCAACCAACCUCGACUGGCAGGAGUCGUGAGCGCUACGCAUCGCAGUAAACCUGGCGACUUUCCAGCAAUCUUCACAAGAGUCAGCUACUUUGUCGAAUGGAUCCGUGAGACUAUUAAGGAGCCUUCGUCAGUGACUGAAAUUCCAAAGUACCUGCGUAUGUUCGGAUCUAUUUUCAACCGCCCGUAA